GUUUGGAGGACUUAACGGAGUUGGGAAUUAGCAGCAAUCGCCACAAUGCCGUCCAAGCCUGCCCCCAUCAAGAAGGCGGCGAAGAAAGAACCAGCCAAGAAGGAGGAGGCUGCCCCGGCUGAAGCAGCACCAGCUGAGGCUGCACCCGCCGAAGCUGCACCCGCCGAAGCCGUGCCGGCCCCCGUUGAGGGCGAGGCUGCACCUGCUGAGGCCGCCCCUGCCGAGGGAGAGGCCCCCGCGGCCCCGCCAGCUGAGGAGCCCAAACCACCUACCCCUCCACCCGCAGAAGAGCCCACAAGUGUCCCUCUGGAUCUGUUUAUUGAGGACAAGAAUGACACUUCAGUCACUAUCAUUUGGAGCCAGCCCGAGGUGAUCGGAAACUCUGGUCUGGAUGGAUACACAAUUGAGGUCUGCAAGGAUGGAACUGAGGACUGGAAAGCUGUCAAUGAGGAUCUGCAGAAGUCCUGCCGCUACGUUAUCAAGAACCUGACCACUGGUGACCGCCUGAAGAUCCGUGUGGUGGCUGUGAACGCCGGCGGCCGCAGUCCCCCUCUCGCCCUCCCCGAGGCCGUGCUGGUGAAGGAGGUCGCUGAUCGUCCCAAGGUCCGCCUGCCGCGCUACCUCAGGCAGAGAUACGUGGCUCAUGUUGGAGAUAAGAUCAACCUGACCAUCCCCUUCUCGGGCAAACCCAAACCCGUGGUCUCCUGGACCAAGGACGGGCAGCCCCUGGACACCAAGAGGGUGAACAUCCGCAGCUCGGAGAGAGACAGCAUCCUGUUCAUCCGUGUGUCCGAGAGGGAUGACUCCGGUGUGUACGAGAUGUGUGUGAAGGUGGACGACUUUGAGGACAAGGCUCAGCUCAUCCUGCAGAUCGUUGAGCUGCCAGGGCCUCCCGCCAGUGUGAAGGUUACAGAUACCUGGGGCUUCAAUGUUGCUCUUGAGUGGACUGCACCCAAAGACAACGGAAACACAGAGAUCACAGGCUACACCGUUCAGAAGUCCGACAAAAAGACCGGAGACUGGUUCACUGUCAUGGAUCAUUACCAUAGAAUGAAUGCCACCAUCUCUGACCUCAUCAUGGGCAACACCUACAAGUUCAGAGUGUUUUCUGAAAACAAGUGUGGAAUUAGCGAGGAGGCUACAGUUGCAAAGGAGGAAGCCUCAAUUGUGAAGAUUGGCAUUGACUACAAACCUCCCGAGUUCAAGGAGCGCGACUUCACCGAGCCGCCAAAGUUCACCACCUCUCUGACCGACAGAGCCACCACCGUCGGCUACAGCACCAAGCUUCUGUGCUCCGUCAGGGGAAUGCCAAGGCCCAAGGUUAUUUGGAUGAAGAACCAGAUGAUUAUUGGAGAAGACCCAAAGUACAGGCAGAUUUGCGUCCAGGGUAUCUGUUCUCUGGAGAUCCGUAAGCCCGGUAACUUUGAUGGUGGUGUGUACACCUGCAAAGCCAAGAACAGUCACGGAGAGGCAGUUGUCAGCUGCAAGCUGGAGGUCAAACAGAUCGCGGUUCCAGAUUCAGAGAAGAAAUAAGUCAACAUUCACAUUCUCACAGGUUAGACAUCAUCAAAUCAAAGGGCCAACCUUGUAAAAUAUACAUGAGAAUAAACUCUGAUUUUAUUAUAUUUUCGAGUAAAGUUGUAUUUUGUUUAGUAGCACAGCAUGAUUAUAUGGGAAAUGCUUUGAAGGCAAUAAAAUCUUGAGAACAUUAAACUGGAUGCUUUGGAUAGGUUGAUCUAUAUGAGUCCUGAGGUGACAUCUGCUCUCGCCGUGAUUUACCCUCCAUACAUGGAGGGCACUAAACUUGGAAAAGGUUGCUCCUGCCACUGAAAGAGUCCUAGAGGUAGCUCCCAUAAAUUAAAUCUCUGAAGGCUCGUCGUGUACUCGGCAAGUUGGCUCACUGUAGUCACAUUUCCACGACUCAGCAGCAGCAAUAGUGAGAUCCAGCAUUUUAUUUGCAGGUUACACCCUCCACACUAACACUUUGAACAUUUUUGGACCUUUAAUCUGUCUAUUCAUGUAUGUGUAUACAAUCCAACAUAAGAAAAUUGCUAGAUAACACUAUUUUUAAAACAGAUUCAUACAUAGGUUUUAAAAAAUACAGAAUUUAUUGAAUAAAAAUACUUAUUUUCUUUUAUUUUUUAAGCAAUUCUGAUUCUCUGCUGUCUAUAUAUUACAGUGCCAACUCCUUUUUAACACCUGUUGUUGUUGUUGUGGUUGUUGUAAUUUGUUCAUCUGUUGCGCACCCAAAUUAGGAGCAGAAGGAAUGAGGCCUUUGCAGCAUAAGGUGCGUGACACUUUUAGCCUUUCUAAAACUGUCAUGAACAAUGUCUUGCCCCUUAAACCCACACUACACUUAAUUUAUGGAAAUAUACUAAAACACAAAUCAAGCAAUACACAAUUAACAGUUCAUUUAAAUAAUUUAUUUAACAGGAAGGUGCUGGAUCCCUGGAAGAACAUGUAUAUAUGGCCGGUGACCACACUAUCGAAGGGUUGUUGCCUGUGACCUCUUGACGAGUGUUACCCUGUGUUAUGAUGAACAAUUGUGUCACUUUAUGCCUUUAUCGUUCUCUACAUUAUUAAGUCCACAUCCAUGUCCACAGUCUGCUUUUUCCCAACGAUACUGUCUAUGGUAACUAAAUGAUCCUCUUGUCAGUCUAACUAGGUGUACACCAAGACUUGUUAGGAGAACUUCUUUUAACAUCUACGUGUUUAUAUCAAUAAAUAAUUUUAUUUCUG